GUCCUGCCUCAGCCUGCCUGCUGCUCCUGCUGCUGGCUCUGCCUCUCGUGGCCCCUACCUGUCCCAUGCUGUGCACCUGCUACCUCUCCCCACCCACCGUCAGUUGCCAGGCCAACAACUUCUCGGCUGUGCCCUUGGUACUGCCUCCCCACACCCAGCGCCUCUUCCUUCAGAACAACCUCAUCCGCUCCCUGAGGCCCGGCACCUUCGGCAGCAGCCUGCUCACCCUGUGGCUCUUCUCCAACAACCUCUCCACCAUCUACCCGGGCACCUUCCGGCACCUGCAGGCCCUCGAGGAGCUGGACCUCGGGGACAACCGGCACUUGCGCUCGCUAGACCCCGACACCUUCCAGGGCCUCGAGAGGCUCCAGUCCCUCCAUCUGUACCGCUGCCAGCUCAGCAGCCUGCCCAGCAACAUCUUCAGGGGCCUGGUCAGUCUACAGUACCUCUACCUCCAGGAAAACCAGCUCCUCCACCUCCAG